AGUAGAGAAGGGCUUUGCUAUAAUUUCCAAAUAUUUUUAAAAACCCGAAAAAAGCUUUUCACAUUACAAAAGCAUCUUAACGUUAUCAUUGCACUCCCAGUCCCUCAUUUUUCUUCUUUAUUCCAUCUCCGGCAAGCUCAGCUCAGCACAGCUGAGUUCACUCCAUUUCUUUCCACUGCAAUUUCACUCCUCAAACUUCUAUUAUUUCACACUUCCGAAAUCACAAUGCUAAACCAUAGCUAAAACAAAAAAAAGUGUGCAAGUAUUAGGGUUUUAAGCAAUGGGUAACUGUUGCAGAUCUCCAGCAUCUGUUGCUAGAGAAGAUGUAAAGUCUUCCAACAACGAUAAUCAUCAUCACAUCCGUAAAAAAGACAAGUUUACCCCUAAGCAGCAAAAACAGAUUCUCACAGUGUUAACUGAUGUUCAAAAGGAGAAUAUUGAGGAGAGGUAUUUGAUAGAUAGAGAGUUAGGUAGGGGUGAAUUCGGGAUAACAUAUCUAUGUAUAGAUCGUAGUAAUAGAGAAUUAUUGGCUUGUAAGUCGAUAUCGAAAAGGAAGUUAAGAACAGCUGUUGAUGUGGAAGAUGUAAGGAGAGAAGUUGCUAUUAUGAAGCAUUUGCCACAAAAUUCAAGUAUUGUCAGUUUUAGGGAAGCGUGUGAGGAUGAAAAUGCAGUUCAUUUGGUGAUGGAAUUGUGUGAAGGCGGUGAGCUGUUCGAUAGGAUUGUUGCGAGGGGGCAUUAUACUGAAAGAGCUGCUGUUGCUGUUACACGGACGAUUAUGGAGGUUGUGCAGCUUUGUCAUAAGCAUGGAGUGAUUCAUAGAGAUUUGAAGCCUGAGAACUUUUUGUUCGCUAAUAAGAAGGAAAAUUCACCUCUCAAAGCAAUUGAUUUUGGCUUGUCAAUCUUCUUCAAGCCAGGUGAGAAGUUCUCCGAAAUAGUUGGAAGUCCCUAUUACAUGGCUCCUGAGGUGCUCAAACGAAACUAUGGACCAGAAAUAGAUAUAUGGAGUGCAGGAGUCAUUCUAUAUAUUCUGUUAUGUGGGGUUCCUCCCUUUUGGGCCGAAUCUGAACAAGGUGUUGCCCAAGCGAUUUUACGUGGGGCAAUAGAUUUCAAGCGGGAACCCUGGCCAAGUAUUUCAGAAGGUGCUAAAAAUCUUGUCAGGCAAAUGUUAGAGCCAGAUCCAAAGCUUCGACUAACUGCAAAGCAAGUACUUGAGCACCCUUGGAUUCAAAAUGCUAAGAAGGCUCCAAAUGUUCCCCUUGGAGAUGUUGUUAAGUCAAGACUUAAGCAGUUUUCGUUGAUGAAUAGGUUUAAGAGGAAAGCUCUGAGGGUGAUUGCUGAUUUCUUGUCUAAUGAAGAAGUUGGAGACCUAAAAGAAAUGUUUAACAAGAUAGACACUGACAAUGAUGGCAUUGUUUCAGUCGAAGAACUUAAAGCAGGACUUCAAAAGAACUCCCAGCUGGCAGAAUCUGAAGUACAGAUGCUUAUUGAAGCUAUUGAUACUAAUGGCAAAGGGACCCUGGAUUAUGGGGAAUUUAUAGCCGUUUCACUCCAUCUUCAAAGGAUGGCUCAUGAUGAACAUCUGCACAAAGCUUUCUCCUACUUUGAUAAGGAUGGAAAUGGUUACAUUGAGCCGGAUGAGCUUCGGGAUGCCUUGAUGGAGGAUGGAGCGGAUGACUGCACCAAUGUGGCGAAUGACAUUUUCCAGGAGGUUGAUACGGACAAGGAUGGGCGUAUCAGCUUUGAAGAAUUUGCAGCCAUGAUGAAAACUGGAACAGACUGGAGAAAGGCUUCGCGACAUUAUUCAAGAGGGAGAUUCAAUAGUCUAAGUGUGAAGCUAAUGAAGGAUGGUUCACUUAACUUGGGGAAUGAGUAAGGUUUACAUUAUUGUUUCAUUUAUCAAAUUCAAGCUUUGUAUCAAUGUGUCUUUGAUCUCUUGCCAUUGUUUUAUGGGGUUACCAUGAGAUUGUUGGCUUGCCAGUAUUCGAAAGUGGCGACUUCAUCUGGGUAACCUGUAUAACCAUUUGAAACACAGAAUGUAUCCUAUCCUCUUACUGUUAGUUUUUUCCUGUUCCGGAAAAAAAAAAAGGUACAAUGCAGCAUAAUUUUUGUACAAAAAGUUU